UCGUUACAUUUCUUCUUCUUCUUCUUCUGUAGAGAGAGUCAAAUCAAUUGCGAAGUGGUAUGGAGUUCUUCCGAAAAGCCAAAGCGGUGCGUCUAAGGGGCCACCACGACAAGUACCUAUACGCAGACGAAGACGAGGAAUCUGUUACCCAAGACCGUAACGGAUCCUCCAAGAACGCCAGAUGGGCUGUCGAGUUCGCACCCGGAUCUGAAUCAAUCCUCCGCCUCAAGAGCUGUUACGGCAAGUACCUCACUGCCUCCAAUCAGCCUUUCUUGCUAGGCAUGACUGGUCGUAAAGUCAUUCAGUCCCUCCCCAGACGACUUGACUCUUCCCUCGAGUGGGAACCCAUCAGGGAAGGCUCUCAGAUCAAGCUCAAGACCCGUUACGGUAACUUCUUGAGAGCCAAUGGGGGUCUGCCACCAUGGCGGAACUCUGUCACCCACGAUAUUCCCCACAGGACUUCUACCCAGGACUGGAUUCUUUGGGAUGUUGAUGUUGUCGAGAUUCUGGUUCAGUCCCCGGGUCACCACCCACCCGCGGUUCCUCCUGUGGCCCAUUCGGACUCUCUGGAUUUCGAGUCCAGCUCCCCUUCCUCUGUACCGAUAAAAUCUGGGAAUUUCUCAAGACAGGAGUCGAGUGAUUCUUAUUCGGGUGGGUCGCCCCCGAAAUCUGAAGGGAGGACUAUAUACUACCAUGUGGCAGAUGAGAAUGGUGAGGUUGAUGAUGAUGUUGUGGAAGGUUACUCAUUCAUUUUCAAGGGGAAUGGAGUUGAUGAAUUGACUAAGAAAUUGAUGGAAGAGAUGGGCCUUGAGGAUAUUAUUGUGUGUAGUCGUAGUCCCUUGAAUGGAAAGCUUUAUCCUCUUAGAUUGCAGCUUCCUCCCAACAAUGCCGAUAUGCAUGUUAUCAUAGUCCAGUCCUCAGCGAAAGCGGCAAGAGAUUUUGGAAAGCAAGGGAUCCCAUUAUGAUGUAUCAAGUGGUCAUUUACAGUUUUGGCAUCUCUUCAACUACAUUUUCUGUACAGUCCAGUUUAUACAUAUUUGCAGACUAGUUGAAAGCUUUAGGGAGUCAAUGGUAUGGAGAACCUUGUGAUUUUACCAUGUCGGACUAUACUCACUCAUUGCAUCUCGGUUACUCAUGCCCCCAUUAAUCGUGCUGCCACCUUUUCUUGUUCUUGAAAGAUCGUUAAUGAUGAAUAUACUUCAUGCUUCAUUGUUUGAUUAUGUUGUAAAAAUUUUCUGCAUCACCUUUUUAGGUUGGCGAUUAAUAUGUAUUUUACGUUGCUUGAUGGC